AUGGACGCCGACGAGUUUUCCGAUGACGGCUUUGACGACCUGCCGGAUAAUGCCUUUCAAGAGCUCGAACGAAACGCCAUCCAACUCACGCAAGCUCAGAUAAAGCAAUCACCAUCACAAGAUGAGCCAACAAGGCUUUCGAACUAUGGUUGGGAGGAGGAAGACGAUGAUCUGGACAAUACCGAAGUCACAAACGAUGUUGGUGUCCCCAUCGGCCGGCCAGUCAUCAACAAUUCCAUGCAGCAAAUAAAGCAGCAGCACCAACACCGUCCGGAACCAACUGCUUCACAAGUUCAGCGUCGACCGAUACCUCCUGUGCCGAAUCCACGAUGGAAUCCAACCGUCGACCCAGCUGCUCGCUCCGCUUCAGGUGCAGGGCUGAUUCCCCGUGCCCCGGGCAUUGGAGCUUCGAAUGCACCGUUUUCCGGUUCCCAGGCGUUCCAACCCCAGCCUUCGAUCCAGGCAAGCCAGUUUGCUCGACCGCCGCUUCCACCGAACCGCUUUCCUGCAUCUCAAGCCUCACACACUGGCCAGCCCGGUGACAUUGUAUCCGCUCUUCAACAGCGAGUGCGUGCACUUGAAUCCGAGCUCCAUUCUGCCCGUGGCGAAGCCUCCAUCAUUCGCGCAAAUGCCACCAAGGCACAGCAAGACUACGAUGCUCAGGUUGCGCGCCUCAAGAAGCUCAAUGCCGAGCAAUUGGACAAACAAACCAGGAUCGUGGAGGCUGCAGUGGCGGCUGAAAAAACAGCUAACACCGAACUGCAGUUUUUGCAGAGAGAUAUGCGGGAAGUAAAUGACCGAGCCAGGAGAAGAGACACCAUUGUUGGGGGGAUCAAUACCACGCCGAAAAAGGCCGCCAAGUCGUGGGGAUUCGCAGACGGGUUUGACGAGAUGGACAUCGCCGUUAGUCCCAGCAAGGGUCAGGGGCGAGGCAAAACUGGCUCUGUAGCUGCUAAUGUUGGCGAGCGUACGCCUAGCAAGGGGAAAAGGAAGCGGCCCGUCAUGGACAGUCCUAUUACUGCUCUGGAAACUUCUACUGAGGAUGUCGUUAUGGGCGAUGACAGCAGGAACAAUCCAAAGGAUUCUCAUCCAGUCGUUGUGGCGGCACCAGCAGCCCCAUUUGAAUUCCUUCAACUUGUGCUGGAUCAUGGUUCAUUUCACCAGCAGCCGCCCACCUUCGAUACACUAUCUCGGUUCACAUUUCCCUCUGAUCCAGCUACCUCGUUUGCUUCCAUGAUUUUCGAGAAGUUACCUCUGAUGGGAAACCCCUAUCGUCCCAUGCAGCUAUUGGUCGACUUCACCGAGUACAUGGUCUCCUUAUGGACAAGAUGCGUCGAAGAGCAAUUUUGGGAGCCGGUAAAAUACCUCGUGUCUCUCAUCUCAUUUACUUUUGAUCUUCACACAACCUCUGUGGCACCGUUAGUGGUGCCAAAUUUGGUGCCUAUUGCUCAAUCCACUAUCCUCACAUUGGCGGAUGCCAGACGACGGCUCCCAGAUGGCAAUCUGUCCAAUAGCACCGAGUAUGGUUUCUUGGAAGAGCACAUUGACACGAAGCGGCUGCUGGGUCUUUUAUAUGCAUCCGCACUAUCAUGUUCGAUGACGCCAAUCGAGACGGAUAACGGCUUCGAGUAUACGUCUAAUGGAUUUUGGGCGUUGAUAUCCAUGGAAAUGGUAUAUUUGCUUUUGACUCCAAAGCAGAAGCCAAGUGAUGUCAUGGGCAUGCUUGAAUUGCUGUCCACCUCGGUGCUGCCCACAUCCAUAGGACCCAUCAGCGCAGAAGUCGAGCCAGCCGUCAUUUCGCGAGCCAUAAUAGAACUUGUUUCUGCCAAGUUGACAGAGCAUCCACGAAUCCCGCUGUCUCCCAAGCAGAGAAGGUCAAUCAAGCUGACGGCGCUACGAACACUCAUUGCAUUCUCAUUGUCGCCCUUUGGGUUGCUGCAACUGGCGGUUCACGAAAACGCCAUUCCACGCUUGGUGGCAUGUUUGAGCGCGGCCAUUGACGAGCUGUACGAUCAACCAAUUCCACCUAACAUCCUCCCACCUCUUCCAGACUCUCUCAAGCAGUCGCUGAAGUUACCUGAGUCGACGGCAUCAGCAGAUUUGUAUCGCCUUAUUUCGCAAAGUGUGCUUUUAAUACACAAGCUUGUGACAGAUUCUAGCACAGCUAAUGUUGUAGAGGUCAGUCAGAAGCUGUCCAUGUCCCACGGCGGAAGUCAACGGUAUCUCUUAGCAUUGGGCCGUCUAGCUUUUGCAGAGGAGGAUUUGGUUAUUGAGGCUGGUAUUGAAGGCGAGGUUGUGGAAGCAGCUCACGAGUUGCUGGAGAUGGCUGUUACUCCGGAUGAAGGAGAGACAGUAAGCGAGGCGUUUGGGGCGUGA